AUGGCCGACAGAGUCAGCUUCGACGUCGACUAUGGUGUAUUUCGCCACGUCGACCUAACGAAGCAUUGGCGGGAGGCCGUGGCGGAGGAGGAAAACCGCCUGACGAAACAAAAUGAGACCUAUCUCAAGACAGCGCCCCGGAUGGCAAUGUGCAAGAAUCUCCCCACUGCUGGCUUCAAGUAUGACUGGAACCAGUUUCGCAACCACGAUGGUCUGUUUGUCGUCCGAGUCAGGGGUUCUAUUCACUCGAAUCACAUCAACAACCAUGUCAAACACCUCAACCCCAAGGAGAUGGACACAUUCUGCGCCGAGGCCUUCGACAAGGCCAGUGAAGUCCUUGACGGUCUUGCAAGCAUAGGCCCGGAAGACUUUUGGGCGAAAGUUGCCCAAGACCUCGGAAUUCAACUCCCAGCAGGAACAGCUCAAACGCGAGGUUUCUGGGACUGGGCAAUGAAGCUUGUGGCGGCCCGUAUCGUCGGCAUCCAGGAGGGCCUCCCAGCAUGUGACGCUGCUGGUGAUAUCGAGAUGUCUGACCAGCCCAACAAGAACAUGUCAGACCGGGAGCCUCUUAGCCUCGCGGCUCAAGCCGUCGACAACUUUCUUGCAGUGGGAAUAUGGAAGUAUGGCGACAUGCCCAAGAAAGUCACGGCAAUCACACGACAUCAUGUUAUCAUCGCUCCAAACAAGUCUGGCCCUGACAAACCUGCAAAGAAGGGUUCAGCUCCAGCAAAGAAUGCCCCUAAGAACACUCAUGCCCACAACUCCCACAUGCAAGUCGGGCCGACAGCCUCAUCCAAGAGUACAAUACGUAUCCGCCGAUCAGAAUUUGGUUCUCAAGUUGGUGCUGGACAACCUGCCUGGUGGGGCUUUAUCAGCCGGCUCAAGAGUUUGGAAGAGAUCUCGAGGCCUCGACGGAUUCCAGACGGGUCUCAGAAUCAUGCAGAGACCGCAAAAGGCGGCUGUGUCCAAGCAGGUGCGGUUGACGAUCUCGUCAUUGGAAUGCAUGGCACGACGAUCGAGGGCGCCACAAGAACCCCUCAGGUCUUGGCAGACCUUGCUAUCAGGACAGUCAACCCACUGAAGCGACGCCACGACGACACUGAGGAAGCUGAGGAUAGUGGAAUAGGCGACCAGCCACUUGCAAAGAUGGCAAAGGUCUCCCAAAGCCACGCCCACACUUCAGGCUCGCCCUCGCAAGUUGAUGAGCCCGGAUGCGGCUGCGUCAAGGCCGCCACCGACGCAGUACUUGAGCAGUGUCCCAUUGCCCAGGCAUAUGGCAGAGUGUGCCCCGACUUCCAGUGCGGCCUCAAAGAGAAGGAGCAGGCCACCGAGCGAUUCGGCCUCGUGUGCCUCGAAUGUGUUGAGGGAAAGCCCGGCAAGAAGACGAAGAAGAGCAGCAGGAAGUAG